AUGAGUUUUGUGUCGUGGAAAUGUGUUUUCUAUCCUGUCGCAUUCAGUUUUCUCGUCAUAUUUUUGGACAUAAGGACAGGUGCAACCCUGGAAGGUUCCUCUAUGGGACAACUCAGUCUGCCUUACAGUCAGGAGCCGGUGGCGUUCCCAAACAUCGUUCGAGUAUCCGAUGUGAACGCUUCACGUGAAGGCCACGCGGUCGUCUCUCGAAAGAAGAGGAACAUCCUUUACCCGAGCGGAGUCAAACUGUGCGCUCAGGAGACAGCGCAGCAGGUUGUUUCCAGCCACCUGAGCUACUUUCAUCUGAGAGUGUGCCAGGAGACCGUAUGGGAGGCUUUCAAGAUCUUCUGGGACCGACUCCCCGAGCAAGAGGAGUACCAAAGCUGGAUGAGCCAGUGCCAGGAAGGCACAGUCACAGCACAAAAUGUUGGCAGCUACUUCAGCCAGUCCGAGGAGCACGAGACUCUGGUCAAAAAGAGAAUUUCCCGGCCUGGUGUGAGAAGUGAAUCCACCAGGUCCUGGCAAAAUAUCUGCAGCACUCCGGCACCAGACACAUCAGAAGCUCCUCAGCCAGCUAAGGGAGAGGAGGUGGUGGUGGUGGUGGUGGAUGCAGUCACCAACGCCCCAGAUGUGAAGGAGAGUACUCUGGACAAUGACAUCGCCGUGCAGCCUCCCACGCCUGCCAUGCUGGAGCAGGUGGUGGAGCUCAGCAUCCUCCUGACCAGACAGGCGUACAGCAGCGACCUCAAGGAUCCAGCCAGCCUCCAGUUCCAGACGCUCAGUCGACAGCUGGCAGAGAAGAUCGCAGAGGCUCUGGAGGGUCUUCCUGGGUUUAAGAGUGUGUCAGUGCUGGACUUCAGGUCUCAGAAGGACAGCCAAGGGUUGGAUGGCGUGGUGGUGGACUACGCCGUCACCGUGGCCGUGGAUGCAGCGGGGGUGAGCAACGAACAGCUGGACUACCUGACCCUGCAGUCGAACCGGGUGGAGAACUCGUACCAGGAGGUCAAGGAGCGGCCGACAGUGGUGCACACCAUCAGCGAGGUCAAGAACUUUGUCACUGAGGCUCUGCAAAACAACGAGCUGGAGGCUGUGUCUGAAAUCCCAGAGUCUGUCAGCGCUGCAGACGGAGUCAUGGCGGUCGUUGUGGAUGAGCCGCAGGAGAUCAUGAUCCUGGAAGAGGACAUGGAAGAUGUUGACCUGCCCGAACCCUCAGAAACCUUCACAGCAUCAACGGCGGGAAACGAUGUUACCUUUCUGGAGGAGAGCGCUGUUGUGUCUGCGGCUCCUGUCCUGGUCACCAGUGCACUUGAAACUGACAGCAUGGAGGAGGAGGGUCUGUUGCUGGAGGACACUGUGCAGGCUCCUGCUGUAGAGAACCCCCCACCAGAGGAGCUACCGGAUGAACUUCCCUCCACUGAGCUGCCAGAGGACGUCACGCUGCCUGAACCGCCGAUGGAGAUCGAGGCCUCGGGCUCUGACCUGGAAGUCUCGCUGCAGCCGACCCAAGCCUUAGAGGACUUGGAGAUUCCAGAGGAGACGAUUCCAGAGAGUUCCACAAUUGUGACCGAAAUCACAGAAGAAGAAAGUCUGCCUGCUCUCGUCCCACCUCCUGAGGCUGUAGAUGGAGCAGGUGAAGCAGCAGAACCAGAAUCAGCCGAAACUGGCCUGUUUUCUCUGGACGGAGAGUCGGUGGAGGUGAUAACCGAAUCUCUAACUGUUGAGGAAUCUGUAAACGAAGAUCACGGUUUGGAGGAGGCAGCAGCAGAGAGAGAAGGACAAGAGGUGAAGGUGGAAUUGGAAACACCUGAAACUCCGGUUGUAGAGAACGAGGCCACAGGAGCUCCCUCAAUUUCAACAGAAGAUCUCACAGAGGACGAGGUUUUACUGGUGAACAUGGAUGAAGAAGAACGACAUGGGUUAGAUUCUUUGAAUCCUGCCCAACCAACCGCCCUGUCUCCGGAGAAGGAGUCGCCUUUCACCCGCGUCUCUGACGUUAACCCUGCCUCUGAGGGGCUACCUGACAUCUUCAUCCCUUCACUGGUGGAGAUCCAGACCUCUAUCGAAGGAUUGGAUGAUGCCACCAUUGGAGAGCCGGGCGUCGACGUGGUUCAUUAUGGUUAUGGUUUGAUUAACCACACAGAGGAGGGCAGCACUGGAUUCCCGUUCGAUGUGGCUUACGGCUCCGACCAGGUCAGCAUCGCCAUGCCUGCGAACCCUGGACGAGCACUGAUGGUGUUCUUCAGCCUGAGGGUGACCAACAUGAUCUUCUCUGACGAUCUGUUCAACAAGAACUCGCCAGAGUACAAAGCUUUGGAGCAACGCUUUCUAGAGCUGCUCGUGCCCUACCUGCAGUCCAACCUGACUAACUUUGAGAACCUGGAGAUCCUGAACUUCCGGAACGGAAGCAUUGUGGUGAACAGCCGGAUGAAAUUUGGGAAACCUGUGGCUCAGGCCGUCACCUCCUCCGUCUACCUGAUCCUGGAAGACUUCUGUAACACAGCCUACCAGACCAUGAACCUGGCCAUUGAUAAGUACUCUCUGGAUGUCGAGUCAGGUGACCAGGCUGACCCCUGUAAGUUCCAGGCCUGUAACGAGUAUGCAGAGUGUAAGGUGAACAAGUGGUCGGGGGAGGCGGAGUGUGUCUGUAACGCCGGCUACUUCAGCGUGGCCGACCUGCCCUGUCAGAGCAUCUGCGAUCUGCAGACUGACUUCUGCCUCAAUGACGGAAAGUGUGACAUCAUCCCCGGCCAGGGAGCCAUCUGCAGGUGUCGUGUCGGGGAGAACUGGUGGUACCGAGGGGAACACUGUGAGGAGUAUGUGUCCGAGCCACUGGUGGUUGGCAUAGCGAUCGCCUCCGUAGCCGGUUUCUUAUUGGUGGCCUCCGGAGUGAUCUUUUUCCUCGCCAGGACGUUACGGGAUCAGUAUGACAAGGAUGAGUCAGAGGAUCCCAUAAGGGGAGCAGAGAGCCUCCCGUCUCUGGAGAGGGCGACCAAGUACAAUCCCAUGUAUGAGAGUGAGGUGACCACAGGCUAUAGCCACUACUACCGCCGCUAUCCGGAAUAUCCAGUGCACAGCAGCGCCAGUGCCGAGGCCUCCACGGACUUCAGCAGCGAGGAGAUACGACACAUCUACGAGAACAGUGAAUUAACCAAGGAGGAAAUCCAAGACAGGAUACGCAUCAUCGAGCUCUACGCUAAGGACCGGCAGUUUGCAGACUUUGUACGGCAGCAUCAAGCGGUCAUCGAUACCCGCAAUGAGAGCUCCACUUCACAGACUUGAAACUUUGCUGUCAACAACAAGAAGCAACAUGCUUCUGUGUGACCUGAAGCUCUCUUUUACUUUCUUCUUCUUGGCCGUGGUUCUCGGAGCCUGGACCUAGCUGUUUAAAAGGACUGCCAUUAAGUACCAUGAUUCUCCUAAUGAAGGGCCCCUGUCUGUGCGUCUGUCCCUGCCUGUGUGGGCAGAGCUGCUGACUCUUCUUCCUCGGUGCCUUCCUCUCCUGACUUGAGCUGUGACAUCAAGGAUCUGUGUUUUUUUUCUGCUGCUCAUACACAGGACAUCUUCCUUUGGGUCAGACCGGACCGCAUCCUAUCACUUGAAAUAUUCACAGACACUAAUGAAAUACUGUGUAGUACUUUUGCGUAGGGGCUUUUUGUUUCAUCAUAUUCUAUUUGUCCAUUCUAAAAAAGGGAAGAUUUUAAAUAUGUAUAUAGUGGUUGCUAGUCGAUAGGAUAUUAUUGAAUACGAGUUUGUGUCUGUAUAAGGCUCAAAUGGGCUCUUUAGGUCUUCAUAAGAGAGAUGCAGAGAAAGUUGCUGCUUUUUAGUCAAUGGUGCUAUCUCAAUGUAAAAAUACUCUUUGAAAUGUAGUGAUUUAUAAUAACUAAGCUUUCCAAUUUAAAAGCAACACCAAAGGAUCAAGACUGUAUAAUAGAUUUUUAUUAGUUUGGUAUUUUGGGAAAUAUGAGUAUAUAUAUAUAUAUAUCUAUAUGAGUAUUUUUGGAAGAAACUUUAACCGCUUUCUGACAUUAUGUCCGGAAAAUGUCUGGAAAAUUGGGCCUGGACAAUAUCCAGAGUUUGUCUUUCACAUAUGAAGUACGCGUAAAAAUAUAAAAAUUCGUAUUUACGUUUUUGCUAGAAAUCAUUUAAGUAUAUUUCCCAAAACGUUGAACUAUAAUGUUGACACAUUUAAUGUUAGCAUUUGUGUCUUACCAUACAUCAAUGUAAAAGCAGUCUUAACUAUAAAUGCAGAGUCAUUCCCGGCUAGUUUUCGACAGGCAGAUGAUUUUCCUGCCUCUUCGAGGGCCUCAUCAGUCAGAAGCUUCGGUGUUAUGUUUGUAAAUGUCUAGCGUUGCAGACAUGAUAAAAUGAAAACAGUGGUGAGGCGAGAAAGACGGAGCAUGAACCCUCUAUAGCGCUGGGAUCCAGAAAUAAUUGAAAACACAUUUCACUGGAAAAAUGCUCCGGGGCAAGCCGCCCAGGGAUUUGAUCAAAUGGUCUGCUUUCAGAUCUCAUAUGUAAUGCAAGUGAAAGAAUAGGAAAAGCAAGCUUAUAAAUAACAUGUGUGCUUUAGAGAGACAACCUCAAGCUGCGGCUCAUGUUGAAAAAACGUCAAGGUUACCAGCAAUUCUUGGUAAAGAAUGAUCUGCCUACCAGUUUGGCCAUUAUCCUGCUCCUCAAUGUGAAACCUUGUGACAGAAUAAUUCCAGUGUUUUUCUUUGGUAUUUUCAUACGUUCCUCCCUGGACUUGUUGUGCUUGACCCCUCUCGUCCCUCGAGUGGAUCCUCACAGCUGCAGCGGAUUAGGAUCUGAAGGUUUUUUCGUUUUUUCUCAUCCAGUGUGACCGUCAGUUCGGUUCGGAGGUCCGAUCGACACGUAGAUCCCGUCCUAGCUUCUUGUUUACAUUACAUGCUUCUUGUCCCUUUGCUGUCCCUUCAGACACGAGCGAUAAACACUGGCGACGCAGACUCUUGUGACGGUGUCAUGCCUUUCGCAAUCUGCAUCUUCCAUGUCAUUUUUAUAUACAUGUACAUGCUUUUUGUGUGUCUGCACACAGUCCAACACCCUCUAACUGCCACAAACAGCCAAUCAUCCCACACCAUCUUCUGUCAAGUACAUAACAGUGAAUAUAAUGUAUUGUUGCAUUGUAGGCUGUGAAUCGUGUGUCUCAAAUGUUUCAAUAUAUUCAGAUAUUCUUUUUAUACUGUU